CUCCCACCCACCUUCCCUCUCUCGCUCUCCUCUCCCCCCUCAUCCUCAUCAUCCUCCAUGCUCUGUGUAGUGACAGGAUUUGUGUCGGUGCAGAUCGGCUGUGUUUGCGGCUGACGUGAGGAGUUCCCGGCUGAAGCUCCUGCGCACACACACACGCACACACAUAUAUUUUCUGAUCCUCAGAGGUUCCCCGCAAUCUGCCAGAUUUUAAACCAGCCUGCUGUUCUCCGGAUGAGACGGGACCACCUUUUGGGCUCCUGCGUCCUCCUGUGAGAGACGUCGGGAGCCUCGGCAUCAGCCCCUCCGUCCUCCUAUGUAUCCACACGAACCCCGAAUGAGCGCAGUUUCUCCUCAUAAAUGACCGAGCUCCGACCUUCCACCUGCUGCGACGAAAUCUCCGACAUUUAACCAGAAACCGCAAGACACGGAGACUACCUGUUAGCUUCUCCCACCCCCUCCACCUUCUUCUGCUCCUCCGGGCUCCGCUCUGCGCUUUUCCGUGCCCUCGGUGAGAGAGCAGAGGCUGGGAUUUAGGCUGCACACCUACUGACCUACUUCGCGCAAGUUGGGAGUCCGACCAGUGCGGUCUGGCAAAACUGUGCCCUCCACAGCAGCAGCACCAGCAGCAGCAGACGAUGACGGGUGAUGUGGAAACAGUGGUGACCCCGUGGCGAGACCUUCAGUAAAUAAGCAGCAGGGGGAGGUGGGGUAAAGGAGGUGAGAAGGUGAGGAAGAGAAGAAAGCGUGCAGAAGGAGCCAGAGGUGCUGGUGGUGGUGGUGGUGUGUGCGUAUUUGUGCGUGGAGACACAGGAGGAGGUUAUGACCGUGUCUCUUCACCUGGAUCUCGGGCUGAUGCUGCUGCUCCUGUUGGCCUGCUGGCAGACCCCGGGGAUGGUCGGAGGAACUGUGCCAGCAGCCCCGGUGAAUGUAUCGGUGACCCAGCUGAGGGCACACUCGGCCAUGGUGACCUGGAAUGUCCCUCAGGGAGACACCGUCAUUGGAUACGCCAUCUCACAGCAGAGGCAGGACGGCCUGAUGCAGCGCUCCAUACGAGAGGUGAACACGUCCAGCCGCUGGUGUGUGCUGUGGGACCUGGACGAAGACACACACUACAGUGUCCAGGUGCAGUCCGUUGGGCCGCACGGUGACAGCCCACCCAGCCGUGCCGUCCACUUCAGGACUCUGGAGAGGACCGACCAUUAUCCAGCCGGAGUCCUGGACCACCAUGAGCCAGCGAUGGAGGGUCUGGGUAUGACUCCACAACUGGAGACUGGAGAGCUGCUGAUCAUCACCACUGUGCUGUUGCUGUGGGCAGCCGUCAUCGCCCUUUUCUGCCGGCAGUACGACAUCAUCAAAGACAACGACUCCAACGGCACCAAGGAGAAAGCCAAGCGGCCGCUGGUCCGAGCCACUUCCUCCUACUACAAUGCCUCAGCUGGCAGCUCGCCCAUCUACCACAACGGAGCCGUCCGCAGCAGCAGGCUGCACAGGGCCUCCUCCUCCAUCAGCAUCAUCAGGGUCUGAGAUGCGGGUGCCAGAUCCGAGCCUCUUGGACAAGCGAGGAGGAUUUACAAACUCAGAGUCCAAUCUAUUGUAAAAUAUGGGCCGAGUAAGGAACCACUCCAUGCAAAUCAGACUGAAAUGAGAGCGAGGAGCCAUGCUGCGGAGACCGUGGACGGCUGCUGCUCUCUAGUGGCCAGAGACUCCGGGGGGCUCAGAAACAGCUGGAAGAAAGCUGGACUCAUCUGAAGUGCGGCCAAACUAAUCUCCCGUUUUCUUCUCUCUGAUGUCAAAGACUGAAGUGUGAAUAUUUGCCAGCAUGUCGGCCCGACCGUGUGCCAAGUCCCACUCGCCUCAGACUCAUUCAUUUUCAGCAGACGUUCUUUCAUCUCGGGUGUUCAGCUCAUCCCUUUUUCUUUUUACCCGCUGUAGAACCACACGUUUGAAAUCCUGUCUGAUGGUUAUUUAAUGGGAUUUAUUCACAUUACUUUCAUGUUCGGUAGUUUAGCAUCGCGAUUCAAAUCUGUACAUAGGCUGAAGGUGAUUGUAAAGGUAAUUCACAGAAGCAUUUGAAUGUAGGAGGUGGUAGUGGGGAAUUUACAUUGUAAAACAAUUCAUAAUUAGUUUAAUUAAAUCAUUGAAAUUG